GAACAUCGUUUAGAAAAAUCUCUUCUAGUAUUAAAAAAAGAAUUGAUGAAUGCAGAAUUGCAAAAUAAAAUUUCAAAAGAUGUAGAAUUCAAGAUUCAAAAAAGACAGAGAGAAUAUUACUUAAUGGAACAAUUGAAAGGUAUCAAAAGAGAAUUAGGUAUCGAUGACGGCCGUGACAAACUAAUCGAGUCAUUCAAAAAGAGAGCUGAAAAGUUAACGCUUCCUGAAGGUGUACAAAAAAUAUUCGAUGAUGAAAUUACAAAAUUAUCUACUUUAGAAACCUCAAUGUCUGAAUUUGGGGUUAUAAGAAAUUACUUAGAUUGGAUAGUAUCAUUGCCUUGGGGUAUUACAUCAAAAGAGCAAUAUUCUAUCGCAAGAGCUAGAAAGAUUUUAGACGAGGACCAUUAUGGUAUGAAAGAUGUUAAAGAUAGAAUCUUGGAAUUUAUUGCCGUAGGAAAAUUACUGGGUAAAGUCAAUGGUAAAAUUAUUUGUUUUGUCGGUCCACCUGGUGUAGGUAAAACUUCUAUUGGUAAAUCUAUAGCACGUUCAUUAAAUCGUCAAUUUACAAGAUUUUCAGUAGGUGGUCUAACUGAUGUUGCUGAAAUUAAAGGUCAUAGAAGAACAUAUAUCGGAGCUCUCCCAGGUAGAAUAAUACAAUCAUUGAAAAAAUGUCAAACCCAGAAUCCAUUAAUAUUAAUUGAUGAGAUUGACAAAAUCGGUCAUGGCGGAAUCCACGGUGACCCAUCUGCUGCUCUUUUAGAAGUUUUAGAUCCUGAACAGAACAACAGUUUCUUAGAUAAUUACCUAGAUAUCCCAAUUGAUUUAUCCAAAGUUCUAUUUGUAUGCACUGCAAAUACAUUAGAUACCAUCCCAAGACCCUUAUUAGACCGUAUGGAAGUUAUCGAACUAACUGGUUACGUAGCUGACGAAAAGGUUAAAAUUGUAGAACAGUAUCUAGCUCCAAGUGCUAAGAAAGAGGCUGGUUUAGAGAAUGUAAAUGUUGAUUUAACACCAGAAGCUAUUACUGCACUAAUGAAAUAUUAUUGUAGAGAAAGUGGUGUUAGAAAUUUAAAAAAACAUAUCGAAAAAAUUUACCGUAAAGCAGCUUUUAAUGUAGUUAAAGAUAUGAAUUUGGAUGAAACUGAAUUAGAAGUUAACAAAGAACAAACUGCAAACGAAGACACUAAAUCCAAAAAUCUUUUAACAAAAGGUAAGGUGACUGAACUAGCAAAAGAAAAAUCAGGAAACGUUGCUUCCUCUAAAAAGUCUUCUGAAUCUCCUGAACCAUUAAAAGUAUCGGAUGAAGUCAAAGUUUUAGUUAACGCAGAUAAUUUGAAAGAUUAUGUCGGUCCUCCUGUAUAUACAACUGAUAGAAUAUUUGAAACGACACCUCCCGGUGUAGUAAUGGGUCUAGCUUGGACAAGUAUGGGUGGAUGUUCAUUAUACGUAGAAUCAGUUCUAGAACAACCCUUACACGACUGCAGAAGUCCACAUUUAGAACGUACUGGUCAACUUGGUGAUGUAAUGAAAGAAUCAUCACGUCUAGCAUACUCUUUCAGUAAAAUGUAUUUGUCUAAAAAGUUCCCAGAAAAUAGAUUUUUUGAAAAGGCAUCUAUUCACUUACAUUGUCCUGAGGGUGCAACACCUAAGGAUGGUCCAUCAGCUGGUGUAACUAUGGCGACAUCAUUCUUAUCUUUAGCUCUGAAUAGAUCUAUUGAGCCAACAGUGGCAAUGACUGGUGAAUUGACCUUAACAGGGAAAGUAUUAAGAAUUGGUGGGUUACGUGAAAAAGCAGUAGCAGCUAAAAGAUCUGGAGCUAAAACCAUAAUUUUCCCUAAGGAUAAUUUAAGUGAUUGGGAUGAAUUACCAGAUAAUGUUAAGGAGAACUUGACGCCACUAGCUGCUGAUUGGUAUGAAGAUAUUUUCGAAAGAUUAUUCUCUGAUAUCAGUGUCACUGAAGGCAAUGAAAUUUGGAAGGAUGAAUUUGAAAAAAUCGAUAGUAAAAAAGAAAAGGAUUAG